CACGAGGGCAUCGAAAGGUGAGGUGAGACUGAAGUAAAGAAGAGGUUGUUAUUUCAUUUGUUUUUAGAUGAAGGGAGGUCAUUGGCGCCGCCAUGUCUGAAGAUGGGUGCUCUUUCUCAAGUCAUAUUUUCUCAGCAGUCAAGUAUAGAGCUCUUGACUAUUCUUCUGAGGCUUCUACUAGUCUCAAAUUGACCAUGAACUGGCUGGCCCUGCCAAUGCCCUACCAUCUGGGUAGAAGUGACCUCUACCCCCACACUGGUAACCCCCCUGAGGUCACCUACAGGAAACCAUGGAGCAGAGGGAAUGUGAUUUCCAACUGCAAACUGUUUGUCAGUGGAUCUGUACUAGAUGACUUGGGCAUUAAAGGACAACCAACAUACUCUCUUGAGAAGUUGAGUGUUAGUCUGACCCAGAUGAGAGUGGAUCUUCAGGAGGUGAUACCGAGCUCCAACCCUAACUCGCAGCUUGACUUAGAUAGAGAUGAAGCAGCGUGGGUCCUGCGAGAGGCUAGGAAGGACAAGGGACACUUUCUCUGUAAUGAAUCCUUUAGCAAGAGCACAGGAGAGAAAAUAAGCCCAAGACAUCAGCGUGAUGGUCAGUUCAUAACAUAAUGCUUCAAUGCAAAUAUUCCUACACUGUGUAUCAGACAAUGUUAUUUUCCUGUUAUUGGAUGAAUAACAAUGAAGAGGAAAAUCCCUUGGAGUUAUUUUGAAUUACAUAUCCAGCGAUAUC